AAAAUCACUAGACUAAAAAAACGAUACAAUACAAAGCAGCUGUGAGGAGGAAAAAACUAGCCGUACGUGAGUAUAAAGCGACAAAACCACCCAUUCAUCAGCUGAGACGCUGCUCGGCUGAACCACGUGACUUGCAGUGUCGCCGUGUUUCGCCGUGAGAUCUCGCUCCUCCCAGACAGGAAGUAGGAAUGUAAACACAAGGAGGUUAAAGGUUCUGGGACCGUUUUUUGUCGCUCCCCGUGUUUAAGGUCUGCACACUGAAGAAACAGCCCAGACGCGCGGUGUCUCCUGCAGAGAUCGCUUGGCCCGCGCGCUCCCUUCACGGACCCUCAAUUAAUGGGAAUAAUCAGAACUCUGGCUUUUAGUUUUGCUGUGGUUUGUCGGAGUCCCGUUAGAAACCAGAAUAAGAUAAUCAUGUCAAGGCAACUUCAUGCGCGCAGAACGGUCGGCGUGGACAAGAAUGUAUGGGUUGAAUUCACUCAGCUGGUAGCGAAGUACAAGGUGGUGAACCUCGGACAGGGGUUUCCUGACUUCUGUCCUCCUCAGUUUAUCCGCGACGCCUUCUGUGAAGCUGUGCAAGGUGGACCCUCCAUGCACCAGUACACGCGAGCGUUUGGUCACCCCCGUCUGGUCAAGAGUCUGGCAAAGGUGUUCAGUGGGAUAAUGCAGCAUGAGAUCGACCCCUUCGAGGACGUCCUGGUCACCGUUGGAGCGUAUGAGGCCCUGUUCUGUGCAGUUCAAGCGCUGAUCGAUGAAGGCGAUGAGGUCAUAAUUGUGGAGCCGUUCUUCGACUGCUACUACCCGAUGGUGAAGAUGACUGGAGCAAAAGCAGUAUAUGUCCCACUGAGGCCGAAACGUGAAGGCGGCGCCGCCCUGUCGAGUGGAGACUGGGUUCUCUCUGCCGAGGAGCUGGCCAGUAAAAUCACCCCGCGCACCAAAGCCAUCGUGAUAAACACUCCCAACAACCCGCUGGGAAAGGUGUACAAGACGGAGGAGCUGCGGGUGAUCGCCGACGCCUGCGUCAGGCACGACAUGCUGUGCAUCAGCGACGAGGUGUACGAGUGGCUGACCUACGACGGCGCCAAGCACGUGAAGAUAGCCAGCCUGCCGGGUAUGUGGGAACGCACCAUCACCAUCGGCAGCGCCGGGAAGACGUUUUGUGCAACCGGGUGGAAGGUCGGCUGGGCCAUCGGCUCCGGACACGUCAUGAAGCACCUGAAGACCGUCCACCAGAACAGCGUGUACCACUGCGCCACAGCCGCGCAGGAGGCCGUCGCCCGCGGGUUCGAGAGAGAACUGGAGGUGUUCGGGACGGCUCGGAGCUACCUCCAGCAGCUGCCCGCGGCCAUGAGCGCCAAGAGGGACAAGCUGGCGGCGUGUCUGCAGAGCGUGGGCCUGCAGCCCGUCAUGCCAGAGGGAGGCUUCUUUAUGAUUGUGGACAUCUCGUCCGUCGAGGCGAACUUCAGUGACGAGAGCUGUAAAGAUGAACCACAUGACUUCAGAUUUGUUAAAUGGCUAAUUAAGGAGAAGGGUUUGGGGACAAUCCCUGUUUCCGCAUUUUACAGUCCAGAGCACAGAGAGGAGUUUGAGAAGUACAUCAGGUUCUGCUUUGUUAAGGAGGACUCCACCCUGGACGCGGCAGCAGAUAUCCUGAGAAAAUGGAGCCAUAACGAUGACGUGGGAAUCGUCGGGAAUGAAGAAGAAGAAGGAGCCCUGGAAGUAAAUAAUCGUCACGUGUUGGUGCGUGGAAAAAUGUCGACCGGCGUCGCAGCGAAAAGACCCCAAAUAAUGUCCUCCCAGCCUGAAGAGAGAAUCGACUGGAAGAGAAAGAAAGCAGAAAUAAAGGAAUCUAAGAAGAAAAGGAAAGAGGCCAAACUGAUCAAACAGGUGGAAAAGCAGAAACAGCAAGAAGCUGCAGAGCAAGCAAAGCUUGAACAAAGGCCAAGCAAAACAGGUCGGGCUCACACAGUCAGCAUCGCGCUGCCGGGUUCUGUUCUGGACAACGCCCAGUCCACUGAACUUCGAACGUACCUGGCCGGACAGAUCGCUCGAGCCUGCGUUGUAUUUUCAAUUGAUGAGAUCAUUGUGUUCGAUGAACAAGGGGAGGAUGUCAAGAGCGUUGAAGGGGAAUUUAAAGGUGUUGGGAAGAAAGGACAUGCAUGUAUUCAACUUGCCAGAAUACUACAGUACCUGGAGUGUCCACAGUAUCUCCGCAAGUUCUUUUUCCCCAAACACCCAGAUUUACAAUAUGCAGGUCUGCUUAACCCUUUAGACAGUCCUCACCACAUGAGGAUAGACGAAGAAUCAGAGUACCGGGAAGGAAUCGUUCUUGAAAGGCCGACCAAACAAGGGAAAGGUUCAUUAGUGAACUGUGGAAUGAGGAAGGAUGUACGGAUUGAUAAACAGCUGCAGGCUGGACUCCGAGUUACGGUGCAGCUUAACGAGACACAGAAUCAAGAGAGUAAAAUGUAUAAAGGCGUGGUGGUGGCUCCUCACGUGCCCAGGACUGAAGGGGGUCUCUACUGGGGUUACAGCGUCCGCCUGGCCUCUUGUCUCAGUGCAGUAUUCACAGAAAGCCCGUAUAAGGAAGGAUACGACCUGACGAUAGGCACAUCAGAGAGAGGCAGCAACGUGGACCAAUCAGUACUGUCGCCAUUCAAACAUCUUUUGGUGGUUUUUGGAGGCCUUCAGGGAUUAGAGGCUAGUGUGGACACGGACCAAAACCUGGAUGUGUCCGACCCCAGUGUUUUAUUUGAUCUUUACCUAAACACCUGCCCUGGUCAGGGCAGCAGAACCAUUCGCACAGAGGAGGCCAUCUUAAUUUCUAUGGCAACACUGAGACAGAAGAUUAGGGAUGCCUUUUCAGAUGUUUCCAGUAGUUCUUAGUGAAGGAGAAAUGGUCAAAUGGAAUUUACUGUGAAGAUCCAUCAUUUCAACAAUUUGAACUUUUCACCUCAUCUAUAAGACACACCAAUAUGCAGAGGGUUGUUGGUAUCAUUUCCUUUUCUUAAACAUUGUUUAUUCGGUCCUUUUUCUGAAUAACCCAACAAAUUGAACAUAUUUAAUUAUAAAUACACGCCACAGGUUUCAAA